GAUGACAUUGUUUGGUGGCUGAAUAACACUGAAAUUAAAGAUAGGUUGCCAGGCAACGAAACAUACGCCCACAGCAGCUAAAUCGUCUGGGGAGUCAACAAGAGUUGUCGCAUAUUUUUACUUUUUUCGGUUACCACCACACAAGGACCUUUUAGUAAUGCCACACAGUCAGGAAGUUCAUCCUCUAGGCAAGUCAAUGUCUUUAGCCGCAGUGACUGUAUCUGGAAAUUACUUAAGAUGCAACGUGUUUCAGAGUCAGUUAUCCAAGUUAUCAUCAACUCUUGGCGUACAGGAACCAACAAACAAUAUGAUUUGGCCUGGCAAAAAUGGGUUAUUUGGUGUAAAUCUAGGGGCUAUAAUCCCAAGCAUACCUCUGAAGUAGACAUGCUUGCCUAUCUUGAUUUACUUAUAGAAAAUGGGAAAUCGUAUAGUGUGAUUAAUACACAUAAAUCUAUGUUGAUUCAAACACUCAAAUUAUUCAAUAACUCUUGGUGUGAAAACCCCAGGUUUAUAGCUAGAUUUAUGAAGGGGGUUUUUAAUAAAUGUCCACCUAAGCCGAAAUGCGAUUCUACAUGGGAUGUUUCCGUAGUAUUGAGAUAUUUGUCGGCUUUAAUGCCUCUUGAAAGUUUGGGAUUAAAAUUAUUAACUUAUAAACUUGUGGCUUUAUUAGCCUUGUCUAAUGCUCCGAGAUCACAAACUCUUGUAGCAUUGAAACUUUCUAACAUGAAUAUUCUAAAAGGUAAAGUUGAAUUUAUGUUUACCAAUUUGUUGAAAACUAGUCGAGAUACUAAAUUCAAGAUGGUUCCGUCUCAUUUUGAAAAUGAGAGUCUGUGUGUUAUGCACACUUUAUUGUUUUAUGUAAGUAAAACUGAGAAUAAUCGUUUGUCAGGCCAGCUUUUGAUUUCACACUGUACAUAUAAGGCUGUUACAACUAGUACUGUUGCUAGGUGGUUGAAAGAUGUCUUAGCUGCAUCUGGUAUUAAUGAUAAAUUUAAGGCCCAUUCUUUUAGAUCUGCAUCAGUGUCUGCUGCUUUUAUGCAUGGGUGUACUUUACAGGAAAUUCUGAGAACUGCUGAUUGGUCAUCUGCGAAAAAUUUUAAGAAAUUUUAUUUGAGGGAUGUUGAACAGAACACAUCAGAUUACUCCAGGGCUGUAUUUGGCGACAAUUAGCUAGGCCUACUGUACGAUCAUAACAAUGUAAAUAAAAUGUUUAGUGGUAGUGUUGUUGUC